AAACCAUAAGAAAAAAAAAACGAAGAAUUCCCAAUUUCUCACACAUCUUUUCCUUGUGACGGUUUCCAGGUUUGCACCUCCACAAUUCCACCUCAGAUUGAUUCCUCCGCCGCUAAACCCUAAUCUCCGGUAAUGUACGGAGGCUCGGGUAAGCUCAACCGCGGCCGCGGCGGCGGUCCGGCCAAUCGGAACAUCCACUCCACCUUCCAACCGUCCUCCGUUCAACGCCCGUCCGGUACUGUUUCCGGUAGCCGUCAGUCUACCGGUGGCAGUCACCGUAACCGUAGCAGUACACCGGCCGCAUCGGCUACAGUUUCAACGGCGGAUGAAGCGUUCAGUUUAGUUCGUAAUAAUCCGCUCAACUUCGGUAUGAUUAUUAAGCUAUCGCCUAAUCUCGUUGAAGAAAUCAAGCGCCUCGAAGCGCGUGGCGAUGCUGCGAGGAUCAAGUUUGAUUCAGUUGCUAAUAAUCCUGCUGGAAAUGUCAUUGAUGUAGGAGGCAAGGAGUUCAGAUUCACGUGGUCUAAAGAAAAAGCUGGAGACCUAUGUGACAUAUAUGAAGAACGCCGAAGUGGUGAUAAUGGAGAUGGUUUGCUUGUUGAGUCUGGAAAUGCUUGGCGAAAGUUGAAUGUUCAUCGUGAAUUGGACGAUACAGUUAAGAACUAUGUUAAAAGUCGAACAGUGGAAGCAGAACUUAAACACAAAUCACGAAAAGCCAUUGUUUUAGAUCAUGGAAAUCCAUCUAUGAAGACUCAAAUGAAGGCUUUAGCUGCUGCUGAAGUGAAUAAUGCAUGGAGAGGAUCAUAUAAACAAAAGAAAGAGCCUCCUUUCAAAAAGAUGAAAGCUGAACCUUCUUCAGCAUCUAUUACAGAAGUGGCAUCUAAAUCUGGGGGAAAAGCUGGAUUUUCCAAAAUGAGGGCUUCAAUGUCACCACUAGUAUCUACACCUGAGCAAUCUGGUGUUCCGUUGUCCCCACUUAGAAAUAACAGAGUGCAUACAAACAGGGAUGAUGCUACUUUGACCCAACCUUUUAAAGGAAAUGCUAGCACCUCUGGUGCUGUACAGAACAAACCUACUGACCUGCAAAGUUUGUUAAUUUCUCUUCUUAAGGAGAAACCACAUGGAAUGAAUCUCAAGGCUUUAGAGAAAGCUAUUGGAGAAACCAUUCCCAAAUCUGUGAAGCAAAUUGAGCCGAUCCUUAAAAAGAUUGCUGUUUUCCAAGCCCCAGGAAGAUAUUUUUUGAAACCAGAUGCUGAGAUAGAAAGUUUCAAGAAAUCAUUAUCUGAAAGUAUAAGUUCUCCAGAGAACAAUAAUCACCUCGGAGACAGAGACGUGACAACUGGCUCACUCAUGAAAGCCGGUGCUAUGAAGCACAUUUCUGAACCUUGUGACGAUUUAGAUACUUCAGAAAAAAUUGAUAUAGAUAAUCUUUCCCCAGAUGUAUUAAGUGAUAAAAAAGUUUUUCCCAAUAAUGAAGACCCUGCGAUUAACUCUAGCAAGAGCGCAAGCGACAGUGACAGCAGUGACUCCGAAAGUGACAGCAGAAGUCCCAGCAGUGACAGUGACAGUGACAGUGACAGCAAAGAGGGGUCUGAUGAAGACGUAGAUAUCAUGAGUGACGAUGAUAAAGAACCCACACAACCGUUGGAUCAUGAAUUAGGAUAUGAAAAAGAUGGUCAUGGCUCUGAUUUAGAAAAAGAUUUGUUUGAUGAAGCUGGUUUGCAUGUAACUAAUAAUGAUGAGAUUGAAGUUCAUGAUCAUGCUGCAUCGAAAAGGGGAUCUUCUGAUGAGAACGAACAUGUAAAAAGAUUAAAAGCAGGAAAUUUGGCCAGUAGAUCUCCUGAUGGGCCCAGAAUAAUGAGCCGAACUGUAGGUGACGUUUCUGAUUAUGACUAUGAAAAUGUCAACAAUCAUCAUCUUAAUGCACGGGCAAAGCCUCAUGCUGACAUGGAUAACCCUGAAAGGGGCCCACAAGGGGACAAUGUAUUAUUUUCAAUGCAAAAGUUUAUCAAAGAAACACGAGCUGAAGAUAAGAGACCUCCAAAGAAUUCUGGAGGCAAACACUCCGGUUCUCAUAAGAAGAAACACGGCGUUUUAAUCAAGGAACCUGAGUUACCGUCAACGUCACAGAUUAAAGAUUCCACCACUGACUUAUUAAAGUCAACUUCAAUAAACGGAUGCAGACCGACACUCGUAAGAGAGCUCUCGGAUUUAGAGAUGGGUGAAUUCCGUGAUGAAGAAAAGCGUUUUGAGACGUUUAAAAAGUCGGAGAACAUAUCAAGUUCAGAUUACUGGAAUCUCGAUGAUACAUUAAACCUGCCUAAAAAGGUUGUUCCCGAAGAACAUCUCACAAGAUUUAACGGCAGCAGACAGUCACUAUCAAGAGUAGAUCAAACGCAACAUAAUAAAGGUAGACAUAAUGAAGCUGGGACAAGUUUAAUCAACAACACAGACAGUCAAAGAAAAGUGAACGUGGUAGUUCCUAUUUCCACAAAAGAUAAAAAGCGGCAUAAGUCUAAAGGUUUAGGAGAAAAGAAGGAUUUUAGGAUGGUAAACAGUAGUGAUAUUAAUGGACAAAAGGAGUCUUUCUCUGAUGAUAGUAUUACUUCAUAUACUAAGUAUGAAAAAGAGGAGCCAGAGAUGAAGGGACCGAUACGAGAUCUUUCACAGUACAACGAGUAUGUGCAGGAGUAUCGUGAGAAGUAUGAUUGCUACCAUAUGUUGAACAAGAUUCUAGAAUCAUACAGACACCAGUUUCAAACCUUUGGAAGGGACCUUGAACUUGCUAAGGGAAGAGAUACUGACAGAUAUAACAAAAUAUUGGAGCAGUUAAUGGAAUCCUAUCGCCAGUGUGGAACGAAACAUAAAAGGCUGAAGAAGAUAUUUGUUGUGCUCCAUCACGAACUGCAGCAUUUGAAGGAGAUGAUUAGAGACUUUGCUGAGAAACAAACAAAAGGACGACGGAUUAAUUCAUAGGUGUGUAUAUGAAAACAGAAAACACCGUGCAAUAUCAAGACCAAACUCGGAUCUGUUGUUUUCUUUCUGAUUAUAGUUUUUCUAUCAGUGUUAUAGAAUCUACCCGCAGAAUAGAUCGAUGAAGCUAGUAAGUUCUUGGUGGUAACUGAUGAAGUUAAUUGACCUCUGGAUGAGGUUUCAUAUGCAUAAUGGAGAAGGAAAAGUUUUGGAUUAGUUGUGGUAUAUAAACACUGUACAUGUACUUUUUGUUUUUUUAUUUUAGUCAGAAAUGGUUUUGGUUUGGGUAUUAUAUUUUACAGUAAUGUAGAGUUUAAGGAUUUGACUUAUAGCAUCUGGUUAGUUUGAUUAAAUUUUCUAGAUCCAAAACUGGAUCUCAGGAGCUUUUUAGCUUUGUACAAA